AUGGAUCUUCCAUCGGCGCUUGCAUUCGCCCCUGAUAUCAAGGUGUAUGCCUUUGCUGAUGACGUCAAAGCCUUUACUAGCUUUGACAGUGGCCAGUUCGCUAAUAUGCCAACUUUGAUGAAUGACGUUCUGUCCCGUAUGUCCUCAUGGACUCAUGAAUGGGGUCUUAAGCUCAACUUUGCAAAAACUUGUGUGCUUACUCUGGGUAAAAGACUGCCUCAUUUUGCUAUUGAGGGAUUACCUCCAUCUAGUAUAGUCAGUCAGGCUCGUGAUCUGGGAGAUAACUGUAUCGAGAUCGAUGAAUUGGGAAAGUCAUAUUGA